GACAUCACCGAGCUGUCCAGGGCCAGAGGCGACAUAGUGGAGAUCAUUGGAUGGGACAGAGUCCCUAAUGUCGAACUGGGGAACAACACUGUUAACCACAACCCAAAACAGACAGUUGAACGCAAAACAACAGCCAAACUUAAUUUCCAUGACAACAGACUGGCUGGGACCAGGGUGAGGCGUAGAUUUGGUCUACGAGGACGAGGUGGUGUCUGUAUGCGGCAGGAGAGAACAGACACAGACUCUGCUAGCGAUGCUCCGUCCUGCUCCUAUAGUUGUGAUUCAGAGAGACUGAUGGCGCCUCAGGUUAACCACCUAACAGAUGCUGCCUUCAGCCUGCCUUCUAUAGGAUCUAUCAACUGGAACAUGGACCCUGCAACAACACAGACACUCCCUGGCCUUCAUCCUCCUCACACUCCCCUAAUGUUAAACCAGACCUCAGACAAUGCCAGUGCCUCAACACUAAAUGGCUACACAAGCCCAUUGACAAAUGACAGUAGUAGAGAUGGAAUCAGUAAAGGUGGUGGCGCCAAAGAGAAGCGAUUCCCAUGCUCGUUCUGUGGGAAAGCGUUCAGUUUCCCCCAACAGGUGGAGAUCCACCAGUGGAUGCACACAGGGGAGAAACCGUUCAGCUGCAACCUGUGCCGGGUCAGUUUCUCCCACUCAUCCAGCCUGAAGAGGCACCAGAGGGUCCACACAGGGGAGAAACCGUUUGGCUGCCACCUGUGCCGGGUCAGUUUCUCCCACACGUCCAGCCUGAAGAGGCACCUGAAGGUCCACACGGGAGAGAGGCCGUUCGCCUGUACGCACUGCGAGAAGAGGUUCUCAGAGAGGAGCUACCUCAGGUUACACCAGCAGAAAAUGCACACGGGCCAUGUAUAGUGACAUAUAAUGUAGUAUUAGUUUGUUUGUAGUUAAUUAUGUUGGUUUUGGAUGUAGUGGGGAGCUGGAUGGGGUGACAUGAGGGAAGAAUGAGUAUGAUAAGGCAGAGUAGAUGAUAUUGUGAUGGUUGGUGUGAUAGUGUCUGUAAAAAUGUUUCACUGAUGAAGAGUGACAACCUUAUCAUGGUGUUUGAUAAUGAGGAAAUGAUAGUGCCUUAAUUCAUGUUUACUUGGCAUAAAGUAAUGCAGCUGUGUGUACUGUAAUGUUGAACCUUUUCCAAAGUAUUCUCAAAUUCAUUUUAUCAAAUAGAAGGGUACCAGAUUUACAGAAAAUGUCAACUGUUACCAUAGUGAUACAAGUUAUUCUCCAUGUCACUAGGGCUGUUGCGGUAAUCCAGCAUUCAUGCGUCAUGACCGCAAUAAAAUUCUAUGUGACCAGUCAUGGUAAUCUCCUUUUAAGCGCUCUGGACAUAUGUUCGUAGUACCCAACUCGGUAACGAUCAUCAGGUCGCUAAUGGCCUGGUACUCAGGGCUCUAUUGCCCUUCUAGCCACUCUGACAUCAAUGCAAAUGUAAUCGAAAAUCACAUUAAACACUUAUCAUCAAAACAGUAUGUGCUUUUAAAACUCACCUCACUGUGAUUGAUUGAUCAAUUUGAAUAAAUUAGUUCAACAACAGGUUGAAUCUGAGUGGAAACAUUUUUCAUAAAAAACUGAUAAGAUAUCUUUGGUACAAAAUUGGCCUAGCCUAAAUAAAACAAAUUCAGAGUCUACAUUAUAGUGAAUUUUUAUUUGAUUUUGUAUAGCCUAGUAAUAGUUUUAUAUUUUUCAUAAUUAAUAGGCUGAUAUGUUACCUUUAGCUACAGAAUAUCUCACCACCAUGCCUUUCCAUCUCCUCCCCGCUUUCCUUCAUGCCAUUCUUCAGCGCACAGAGAGGGGAGAGGGGGGCUGUCAACAGUUUAAUGAAAUACAGCAGACAGUUUCGUUGUGAAAAUAUGUUACUAUCGAUGUUCCCUGACAGAUUUCACUUGGUUUUCCAAAUUAAGCACUGGGUAGCUGCAGGAACAGGAUUGGAGUGCCCAUGGCAUGCAGAGUUUGGGCAGAAUAUCUAUCACAUGAAGUAGUUUCCCCGAAAUGGGACCAAGCUGCGGGAAAGUGACCUCCAUUCGCUAUUCGAUACGGAUGAUAUGCAUUUUCUUCUCUUGCCCCUGUUUCUGCAAAUGUGAUAAAUGGGCCCUUCUAAAUCAAAACUCAUUUUACAUAUUAGUUCAAAUUAAAUUGAGAAUAGUCUGUUGAAAUAAUAAUCACUUGAUGAGAGCUGGCGAGAACAGCAUGUGCAGCCUGAGGCAAGGAACAGAGCACAAGCUUUUUUUUGCGACUUUCUCAAAAUCGUCAAUAGCCUAUCGUCGCAUCAUGCAGCCCAUACCUUUUGAUUUCUAAGGCAUUCUAAGGUUUGUAUCAUUCACAACUAAAGUUGCCAAAUUACAGAAAAAAUGGCAUAUAGGACCUGUUUCAAAUGAUGACUUUUAUGCUCAACAUAGACACUUCAUAUGCGCACUCCUCCGGAAUGGGAAAAAUAUAAUUUCUAUUUUAAGUUAAAUUAUAAUCUUCUUACUAUAAAAUCAUAUAAUAUAAAAUAAUGGCAUGGGACUUAUAAGCAUAUAUUGUCUGCUAAAUGAACAAGCCUACAGCAUAGCCAUAAAAUGAUUUUUAUUUUUGACAGUAUACAGUAGGGCAACUCAUUCUAUUCUGAAAUACAUUUUCUUCACAUCAUGUUUCUUUAGACUGGCCUAAAAUAAAUCAUGGCUUUGUUGUGAUGGCGUAUAUUCAAUUGAUUUAUUCUGUAUUUUUAAAUGUAGAUGUUCCCGAAGUUCAUUAGCAGCUUGUAUGCAUGGAGGGCUGGAGAUGCUCAAUGUGUUUAUGUUCAUUACUGGUCAAUUACCAUGAGACCAGCAGGCUUUUGCAUGACAACCAGCUGACAAAAUGUCAUGACCACCACAGCCCUACUCAUUGUUUUGUGCAAUAAAAAGUACUGUACUUUACAUUGUGAGUGUAUUACCAUUUUGUUGAAAUAAAAUACAAAAUUGA